CAAAUUAACGUGAACUGUUCAACUGUUGUGAAGGUAUUUAAUUUACUUUGCAUUAUUGUUUUCCUUCGAAAUAUACCUAUAUCACAACAAUUAUUAUUGUAAAUUGGUGCAUUUUGUUUUCUUUGUCCAAAUGAUAGGAUGACAGCUGUCGAAGAAGAAGACGGCAAAGAGUACCGUUGGGAGACCGGCUACGAGAAGACAUGGGAGGCCAUUCGGGAGGACGACGAAGGCCUUCUAGAGGGCGCCGUGGCCGAGAUGGUGCAGCGCGCCAAGCGGCGACGACUGGAAGCUCUGUCGGCUGCGGCUGGCCAUGUGCGACUUGGUAUGAUGCGACACGUAAUCGUGGUCGUCGAUUGCUCUGAUGCCAUGCUCGAUCAGGAUCUCAAACCCACCAGGCAGCUGUGCGCUACUAAGUUGUUGUGCAGCUUCAUAGACGAGUUUUUCGACCAGAAUCCGAUCGGCCAACUGGGUGUGGUUGUGACGCGCAACAAGCGAGCGGAGCGAGCCUCCCAGCUGGGCGGCAAUGCUCAAAAACACGUGGCAGCUGUGCAGGCGCAUCUCUCCCGGCCCGAGUACUGCGCAGGUGAACCUUCGCUGCAGAACGCACUGGAGUUGGCCUUGACUUCACUGCGCAGCCUGCCCACGCAUGCUAGUCGCGAGAUUGUCGUGCUGUUGGCAAGCCUGACCACAUGUGACCCCGGUGACAUCACUGCUACUAUUGAGUCGCUGAAAUCGUGUAACGUGCGCGUGUCGGUGAUCGGGCUGGCAGCGGAGGUCCGCGUGUGCGCGGCGCUGUGUCGCGAGACAGGUGGCUCCUACUCUGUGGCCAUGGACGACCGCCAUUUGAGGGACCUGUUGCGCGAACACGUGUUGCCCCCUCCCUCGCUCAAGGCGCGUGCUGCCGAGGACGAGGCGGCGCUCGUCAAGAUGGGCUUCCCGCACUCGGCCAACGCCCAACAGGGACAGUUGAGCAUGUGCAUGUGCCAUCUAGACUCGCCCGCCACAGAGCCGGCGGACACUUCCGCCUCCGCUUCCGCGUCCGCGAGCGGCUGCAAGCUCCGCGCGGGCGGCUACUUCUGUCCGCAGUGCCGCAGCAACUACUGUCAGCUUCCCGCCGAAUGCCGCGUCUGCGGUCUGACGCUGAUUUCCGCGCCGCAUCUGGCUCGCUCCUACCACCACCUGUUUCCCGUCCGCCCGUUCAGCCAACGGCCGGCGGUGGGAGCGGAAACGGGAGAGGGAGAGGGAGCGGCAGCAGAAGCGGGAGUGAGAGCAGGAUGGUGUUUUGCGUGUCGCAAGUCGCUGGCCGCUGGAGCGGUUGGCGAUAAGUUUGUGUACGAAUGCGAGAAAUGCCACGAGGUGUUUUGUUUGGACUGCGACCUGUUCAUUCACGACACUCUGCACACGUGUCCAGGCUGCACCACCGAUCAGCGUACUUUCCAACAGCUGUCCACCUGAAUUCCUCAAAUCCACCAAAUUCGAAAGUAUCCUCCGGUUCAGCUCAAAUCUCUGUGAUCUCUGGUCUACAUGUAAGUGUAGGGCAGUGUAUAGAAUAAGCCAACUGGUAUCAUUCUUGAUUAAGGUGAAAAAGUGAAUAAUCAGUUGUAUGUGAGGAACCUUAAUUCCAAUGAAGUUUCUUGAAUGUUCACCGAAGUUGGUUCAGAUCAAGUGACGUUGAUCUCUUGCCUAUAGCAAGUGCAGGACAGUGUAUAGAAUAAGCCAACUGGUAUCUUGAUUAAGUUGAAAAAUUGUGUAAUACGAGUUGUAUGUGAGCAAUCUUAAUAUCAAUGAAGUUUUUUGAAUGUUCACUCAAGUUGGUUCAGAUCAAGUGACAUUGAUCUCUUGCCUAUAGCAAGUGCAGGACAGUGUAAAGAAUAAUCCAACUGGUAUCUUGAUAAAGGCUGUGCAAAGGCUAGAAAUAAACUUUCUCUACUCGUGAUAUUUUUCAAAGUUUUUCGAUUUGUAUAUCAUCAAGCUAUCA